AUGCGCCAAGUAAGAUUAAGCAUCGGAAGAAAAAAUCAUCGUCAAAAAAUGUCGAAGCCUCUAUUCAACCCCCAAACGGCCAACGCCGUGGAGCUCGCUCAGCUCCUCGGCCACGGCCAACUCACCAGCGUCCAGAUUGUCGAGGCCUAUCUCGCCCAAAUCGACCUGCACAACCCGGGCCUCAACGCGCUCAUCUCGCGUUCUCCGCGCGAAAAUGUACUUCGGGCGGCUGAGAGACUAGAUCAAGAGCGCAACAAUGGUAAACUCCGCGGCCCUCUGCACGGCAUUCCCAUUAUUCUCAAGGACUGCUUCACGACGGCCUCGGAUCUGGGCAUGAGCACGACAUGCGGAUCGCUCGCCCUCGUCGGGGCCAAGGCGUCGAAAAACUCGGCCAUUGUCCAGAAGAUGAUUGAUGGCGGCUUGAUUAUCCUGGCCAAGGCCAACAUGACCGAGUUUUGCGGCAUGAAGAUGACUUACAUGAUGCCCGGCUGGUCCGCGCACGGCGGCCAAACACUUUCACCCUACGUUCGCGUGAUAGAAAAGGAUGAAAAGAUCCUAGGGCACUCUGCGCCGGGUGGCUCCUCAACUGGCUCGGCCGUCUCCCUCUCGGCGGGUUUCGCGCCGCUUGCCAUGGGCACCGAGACAAUCGGCUCCAUCAUCACGCCGACGAGCCGCAAUGCCCUGUACGGGCUGAAGCCGACUGUUGGUGCGCAGGACACGACCGGAAUGUACACCAUGACGGAGUUUUACGACAGCCCGGGACCCAUGGCCAAGUCGGCUGCCGACGUCCGGGAACUCGCUGGUCUUUUGCUGGACAAGGUUUUCGAUUCGCCGGAUAUGGGGUCUUGGAAGGAUUUGUCCGUCGGCAUUGUUGACCCGCGUCUUUGGACCAUGGACGAGUCCAUGUGCCGCCAGCAUGACGGCAGCGCAGAGAACAUGGUCGAAGAGUACGAAAGCAUGGUAGAGACGCUGCGAAAAAGUGGAUGUUCCCUGCAGUACCCCUUUGCUGUACCGGAUCUUACUGGAUAUCCCGACACUAUUUCUCUUGCCCACUGGGAUUUUAAAAACGUAUGCAUGCCAGAGUUUCUCAAGGUAUUCGACGAGUGCCCAGUGUCCAGCGUUGAAGACAUUGUCAAGUUCAACGAAGAGAACAAAGAGCGAGCCAUGCCUGAGCCAUACACGGAGCAAAACGACCUCAUCAAGGCAAUGAACAGCAACGAUCCGCCCGAGGCCGUGGACGAAAUCAAGAAGACGCUCCGCGGCAAGGCCAGGACCGUCCUCGACACGGCCUUUGACGAGGCCGAGGUGAAUCUGCUGGUGGGCACGUGCGACUCGGCGUUUUGCGUGCACGCCGCGGCGGCUGGCUACCCAGUCGCCGCGGUGCCGCUCUCGACGCUCAAGUAUAACGGCCGCCCGUUUGGGCUGUGCGUGAUUGCGCGGGCGGACGGGGAGGAGGCGCUGCUGCGGUUCAUGGCGGCGUACGAGGCGGCGAUGCCGUCGAGGACCGUGCCGGUUCUUUAG